UCCAGGCUGGAAACAGGACCCCAGUUUAGCCCGGUCUCAUGGGAAUAUUAGGGGAUGGUUCUCAGUCCACAUCCCUCCCUCUCUGCGUCUUUACGCACCGUGCGCACCGGGGAGGGAGCUGGAGUCAGUGCGGUCCAACGCUCCACAGAGACGGGGAAACGUUCUCCUCACACGGUGGAAGAACUUUGGGGAAAUAUUAGGAAAUAUUGCAUCCAAAAGAAAAACCCCUCCUCCCCCGGAAUGAAGCGGCAGCUCCGUGAGUCCAGCUCCGGGACUCCUCCGGAGGUCUGAGGGAUUCCUCCGCUCUCCUGGAACAUUAUGGGAAUAUCGGAGUGAUUUGUUUUCCUCCCUCUCCCCGGGGCGGGGGGGAUUAUCUUCCCACACUGAGCAGGAGGCUGGUCCGAGGGCGCAGCGGAGCUAAAUGCGUCUGACUGGCGACUCUGCACCGAGAACCAUGAACAGCGGCGGGUCUGGCAACUUUCUGCUGGUGCCCAUCCCGGAGUACCCGCUGCUGGACUGUGUCCCCAACAAGACCGUGAAGAUCGUGGUGCUGGGGGCGAGCAACGUGGGGAAAACCGCUCUGAUCGUCAGGUUUCUCACCAAGAGGUUCAUCGGGGAUUAUGAAGCAAACACGGGGGCGCUCUACUCCAGAAAGGUCACCAUGGACGGGGAGGAAGUGUCGCUUCAGAUCCAGGAUACUCCCUGCGUCGCUCUCCAGGACGACGUAGAGGGGCUGUACUGUCAGGAGCAGAUCAACAGGUCGAUCUACUGGGCCGACGGUUACGUGCUGGUUUUCUCCAUCACGGACCACAACAGCUUCCGAACCAUCCAGCCUCUCUACCAGCACGUCAGACGCAUCCACCCGUCUGGAAACAUCCCUGUUAUACUGGUUGGCAACAAGAGCGACCUGCUCCGCGCCCGACAAGUGCCUGCGGACGAGGGCGAGACGUUGGCAGCUUCAUUAGGUGGAGUUUACUUCGAGGCCUCGGCCAGAGAGAACCACGAAGGAGUCCACGGCGCCUUCCUCCAUCUCUGCCAGGAGGUGAUCCGAGCUUUGGGAGGAGGUAACGGCGAGAAGAGGCGAGGCGGCCUCCACCUGGCCCGCCCCAAAUCUCCCAACAUGCAGGAGCUGAAGAGGAGGUUCAGGCAGGUCCUCUCCUCCAAGGUCAAGUCGGCCACAACUCUCUGAUCACAGCGGGACAAAUAAUCAAAAAACAUCAGCUCCUGACAGAGACAGAGACAGACAGAGCUUCAUCGGAAGAUAGAAGUCGUGGAUUUUUCUCUGAAGAAGAAUUACGAGACUUCAGAAGAGCACAAAGUCGUCGUCUGCGGAGAGAUGAAUAAAAACAAAGGUUGGAUCUUCACGGCAGCUGAGCUCGUCUCUGUGUUUCGACGAGAGUCACAAGAGCUGACGAUCAGUUUGACGUGAUGGAUAUCGAGCUUGUCGGCAAACCUCUGAACACAUGGAGGAGCAAAAUCCUCCGAACACUGAUGUCUCCGUGUCUCAGUUUCCUUGUGGCUGAAAAGUGAAUUGAAUACAUCAAAUCAAUAAAGAAUUAUUGAUUUCAACCGAUCGGUUUUCAAGGAAAUAGCAGACGUUGUAAAAGACUUUAUUUCAGGCUCAUUUAUAUUUUUAUGUUGUUUUUUAAUUGAGAAUUUUUUUGUCUUUCUUUAUAGAAAUAAAUGAUACUCACCA